CCCCCAUUUAACCCCCUCGGAGGGCUGGCGCACAGCGUGAGGACCACGGGUGCGGGGUCUGAUUGUAGGUGGGCACCAGGCAACGUUGUUGGAAGUGCUGGGAAAGGGGCCACCAGAGGAAACCCCAACACCGCCGUCUCGUCACAUCGACGCUCACAGCCUCCGUCUUCAGAGCACUGUUGACGUCCAUCCUGCUCGGGGAGCCGCAGUGGGAUGCCUCUCUUCGGGAACACCUUCAGCCCAAAGAAGACCCCCCCAAGGAAGUUUGCCUCUCUCUCCAACCUGAAUCUGCUGGACAGAUCGACCCGUGAGAUCGAGCUGGGGCUGGAAUACAGCAUGCCCACCAUGAACCUCGCUGGCCAGAGCCUCAAGUUUGAGAAUGGCCAGUGGGUGGCAGAAUCAGGAAGCUUCACAGGGGAUCGCAGAGAAAUGCAGCGCUUGCGCAAGCGAAACCAGCAGCUGGAGGAAGAAAACAACCUCCUUCGGCUGAAAGUGGACAUUCUACUGGACAUGCUCUCUGAGACCACAGCCGAGUCCCACCUGAUGGAGAAGGAGCUGGAGGAACUAAAGAGCCACAGCCAGAGGAGGAAGUGAAGAAGAGGAUAUGGCCAUAGGACAGGGGAGCAAAGAGGCCAGCUCUGAAGCUCAGUGCCUCCUCAGCACCUUGGUACUGUGUGUGUAGGUGCUUCAUUCAUGGGACUUCAAGUAACGAGGUGCCUCUGGUGCUGUGGGUGCCACGUAACGGCUGGGUGGCACCCCCACAAGUCACACCACGAUGCUGUCAACUAACAGAGAUUUUCUCAGAGCACUUUACCUCACUACGUUUCCUCAAGAAGAACCAUCUCCGGGUACCUUAAAAAACACAGGACAUCCCCUGACCUCCCCAAAACCUGCCCCUGCAGGGUGCUCACUGUUGAGGCUCUUGCAUCGUUUACAUAAACACAUUGAAACCCA